AUGGCAAGUUCACUCUGCACGAUCCACUUAGUCAGCCCCCUAUCGCAGCCCCCUAUCAGGCCAGCAAUCUUCAAAGACUUUAUGCUCGUGUCUGUCUAUACAGACAUCAAAGGCCUCGAUCCAGAUGUCAAGGGCGUAUGCGCCGAUCAAACUCAAACCUCACUUUGGGGGCGGCAAAGUGACCAUAAUUCUAAUACUGACAACUUGCGAAACAAGAGUCCACACUACAACAUUGCUCGGCACACCCCCGAAAGCUGCCGCCACAGUAUACAGAUCAUUUCAUUUGAUGGCAGCCAGAAUCUUGAUUAA